CCCACCCCCGCGCGUCCCUCCAGCGCCCCCCAGUGGCGACCGACUGGGCACCGUCACUCAUUGCUCGCACCGCACUUGCGCCUGCCCUUCCCGCUCUUAACUCUCCCGCUAUAUUUAACCCUCUGACCGUUGUGUCUCCUUCGGCGGGCUGGCAUCUCCUGCUUUGCCAGUCUUGCGCCUCUGCUCCCUCCUCUCCCACCUGCUCCCCCUUCCCUUGUCCCGCUCUCGCCAGUUCUUCUCCCUCCUCCUACUCCUUCUCCGGCACACCCAGAGCCAAGAGGCUACACGCCCAGCCGUCUACGCGGGGAACUGCUCCGGCUGGGAGACAAGGGUCGGGUAGGUGCGGGAGGAGUUUCAGCUGCGAGAACCACGGUCCAGGAGGUCUGGAGUAGCAUGGCCCGGAAAAGCGCCUUCUCUGCCGGCGCGCUCUGGCUCUGGAGCAUCCUCCCGUGCCUGCUGGUGUUGCGAGCGGAGGUCGGGCAGCAGCCGGAGGAAAGCCUGUACCUGUGGAUCGACGCUCACCAGGCGAGAGUGCUUAUAGGACUUGAAGAAGAUAUCUUGAUUGUUUCAGAGGGGAAAAUGGCCCCCUUUACACAUGAUUUCAGAAGAGCACAGCAGAGAAUGCCAGCUAUUCCUGUCAAUAUCCACUCUAUGAAUUUCACGUGGCAAGCUGCAGGGCAGGCAGAAUACUUCUAUGAAUUCCUGUCCUUGCGCUCCUUGGAUAAAGGCAUCAUGGCAGACCCAACCGUCAAUAUCCCUCUUCUGGGAACAGUGCCUCACAAGGCAUCAGUUGUUCAAGUUGGUUUCCCAUGUCUCGGCAAACAAGAUGGAGUGGCAGCAUUUGAAGUGAACGUGAUUGUCAUGAAUUCUGAAGGCAACACCAUCUUGCAGACACCUCAAAAUGCCAUCUUCUUUAAAACCUGUCAACAAGCUGAGUGCCCAGGAGGAUGCAGAAAUGGAGGCUUCUGUAAUGAAAGACGGGUCUGCGAAUGUCCUGAUGGAUUCUACGGCCCUCACUGUGAAAAAGUCCUUUGCUCACCACGAUGCAUGAAUGGCGGGCUAUGUGUUACUCCCGGUUUCUGCAUCUGUCCACCUGGAUUCUAUGGAGUCAAUUGCGAUAAAGCAAAUUGCUCAGCCACCUGCUUUAACGGAGGGACCUGUUUCUACCCUGGAAAGUGUAUUUGCCCUCCAGGACUAGAGGGAGAACAGUGUGAAACAAGCAAAUGCCCACAGCCCUGUCGAAAUGGAGGCAAAUGCAUUGGUAAAAACAAAUGCAAGUGCUCCAAGGGUUACCAAGGAGACCUCUGUUCAAAGCCUGUCUGCAAACCCAGCUGCGGCACACACGGAACCUGCCACGAACCCAACAAAUGCCAGUGUCAGGAAGGCUGGCAUGGGAGACACUGCAAUAAAAGGUAUGGAGCCAGCCUCCUGCAUGCCCUGAGGCCAGCAGGCGCCCAGCUCAGGCAGCACACGCCUUCAGUUAAAAAGGCCGAGGAGCGGCAGGACCCACCUGAAUCCAAUUACAUCUGGUGAACUCCGACAUCUGAAACAUUUUAAGUUACACCAAGUUCAUAGCCUUUGUUAACCUUUCAUGUGUUGAAUGUUCAAGUAAUGUUUAUUACAGUUAAGAAUACUGGCCUGAAUUUUAUUAGCUUUAUUAUAAAUCACUGAGCUGAUAUUUACUCUUCCUUUUAAGUUUUCUAAGUACAUCUGUAGCAUGAUGGUAUAGAUUUUCUUGUUUAAGUGCUUUGGGACCAACUUUAUGUUAUGUCAGUUGUUCAGGUUAAAUUUUUGUCUUUUCAGUGUGUACUUGGCAGAUAAUUGCCAAAAGUACAAUGCAUUCCUGGUAUUGAGGGGCUGGGCAACGUUAGAGAAGAUAAAUGGAACAAAAAAGCAUAAAUCACAAAGGUUUGGAUGAAGCAGUUAAAAGUGCUGAAGUCUUAGCAUUUCAACUUAUUUUGUCAUGUAUCUAGACAUUUGCCACAUUUUAAAAACUCCCCUUAAACUCACAAUACGUUUUACCUUUACCCUGACCUUACCAUGAUUCCAGAGAAUUCAGUAUUAAAAAAGAGAGAGAAAGAAAUAACACUGUGGUAGUGACAUGUAAUGAUAUAAUAUAUUGUAAACACAAUAAAAUAGGGAGUAUAUGUAUGAACUGUUGGCAUUGGCUUGAAGCAAUAUAAUAUAUUGUAAACAAAACACAGCUCUUACAAAAACAUUUUAUACUGUUUGUAUGUAUAAAAUAAAGAUGCUGCUUUAGUUUUCUGA